AAACGUACCUUAAAAAGGAGGCGAGUUAGCGGUGGAUGUUUUGUUUGGGUUUUGUUUAUUUUAAAUCAAAAUUAAUGAAGAAGAAGUAGCCAAUUCUUGUAAUUCAUUUAUAAUAAGAGUAAGAAAAUAAACAACCAAAAUGCCAAGUGAAAUGAUAACGUUACAGCUCGGCCAAUGCGGCAAUCAAAUUGGUUUCGAGUUCUGGAAGCAGCUAUGUAUAGAACACGGUAUAUCACCAGAAGGAAUCUUGGAAGAAUUCGCAUCGGCAGGGUCGGACAGAAAAGAUGUCUUCUUCUAUCAGGCAGAUGAUGAUCACUACAUACCUAGGGCUGUGUUGUUGGAUUUGGAGCCCCGUGUUAUCCACACUAUUAUGAAUUCUCCAUAUGCAAAGCUAUACAAUCCAGAAAAUGUAUACUUAUCCAAGCAUGGCGGUGGCGCCGGCAACAACUGGGCAUCAGGGUAUGCUCAGGGAGAGAAACUGAAUGAGGAGGUGUUUGAUAUCAUCAACAGGGAGGCUGACGGAAGUGAUAACUUGGAGGGCUUUGUGCUGUGUCACUCGAUAGCCGGCGGCACAGGGUCAGGCAUGGGCUCCUAUAUCCUAGAGCACCUCUCUGACAGGUUCCCCAAGAAGUUGGUGCAGACCUACAGUGUGUUUCCCAACUUGGACGAGAUAAGUGAUGUGGUAGUACAACCGUACAACUCGCUGCUCACCCUGAAGCGGCUCACGGAGAGCGCGGACUGCGUCAUGGUCCUGGACAACACAGCGCUCAACCGCAUUGCCAGCGACCGCCUGCACAUACAGAACCCUUCCUUCGCGCAGAUCAACACGCUCGUGUCCACUAUCAUGAGCGCCAGCACCGCCACCCUAAGGUACCCGUCAUACAUGAACAACGACCUCAUCAGCCUGGUGGCGCCGCUGAUCCCGACGCCCCGGCUGCACUUCCUCAUGACGGGAUACACUCCGCUCACCGCUGACCACGAGCUUAACACUGCACCAAAGAUUCGUAAAACGACCGUGCUGGAUGUGAUGCAACGGUUGCUGCAACCAAAGAACAUGAUGGUGUCGCUCAGCCCCGACCGGACCAACCAGCACUGCUACAUAUCCAUAUUGAAUAUUAUUCAGGGCGAAGUAGACCCGUCGCAAGUGCACAAGUCCCUCCAGCGCAUCCGCGAGCGCAAGCUGGCGUCGUUCAUCCCGUGGGGCCCGGCCUCCAUCCAGGUGGCGCUGUCUCGCCGCUCGCCGUACGUGCACGCCUCGCACAAGGUCUCCGGGCUACUGCUUGCCAACCACACUAACAUCUCCUCGCUAUUCGACCGAUGUCUGCAGCAGUUCGACAAGCUGCGCAAGCGCGAGGCGUUCCUCGAAGUGUUCCGCAAGGAGCCGAUGUUCAAGGACUCGCUGGAGGAGUUUGACGAGUCGCGCGGCGUCGUGGACGACCUCGUGCAGGAGUACCAGGCCGCCGCCACGCCCGACUACGUGCACUGGAACCCGGAAAGUAGUCAAAUAUGAUUGAUCUUUCAAAGUAUGGAACAACAUAACGUGACCAGAUUGGCGCAAACGACGUAGCGUAAAGGAUUCCAAAGGAGACGUCAGAAGACAGAGGAUGUUAUGUUACUCAAUUGUUAUUAAGUUUUUGUUUAACCAUGUGCCAUUGUAUAAUAAUUCGUAAUCUCAUUUGUUAACCUUACUCGAAUAAGGCACAUCUUGCCUGCACUGCUCUCUAAGAGUAAAUAAAACCAUUCUGCUAUA